GUAAACUUUCAUUAAUAUUUAAUCACAAUAACAUUGAAACCAAGCUCCAAGCUUUGUUUAAUCAGCUUAUUCUAGAAAACCUUUAGCAGGUAAGCUUCGUAAAGGCACGUAUUCCUAUACUCUAAGAGUACUAUUUCGUUCGUAUUGAUUUUCGUUCUUAGAACGUAUAAAAUAUCUUAUUUGUGUUUUUGACGAAUUAUUUGAUGCCUUUCGUAUAGUUUCGUGCAUUAGUUUUUCUUCUGURAGGUAUUUUGGUGUUGUUAAAUUAGAAAAGGAAAAAAAACAUGGCACUUCGACUUCACAACACAAGAAUCCUGGAAGAUGGGGUUCAGGCAUUGACUUUUAUCAUUGAAGAAUUCAGUGACGUUAGUGAAGCAGUGUUCUCCAAGCCUUUCACGUUCUCUGGACACCGUUGGCGCCUGCAGAGUGGAGUGAAAGGAGGACAUUUGGGGGCAUUUUUGAGGUGGCUGGGAGGAGGUGAACAGAAUCGAAAAAUGAAAUGCAAAAUCAGAGUUUCAGUUGACAUCUUGAACACCAAAGAUCCUUCUUUGUCAACUGUAGUUGGGAGUUUGGACGAAGACGAUGAGUUCCCUAGAGCUGGUUUUGGUAUAGGAUGGAGUAAACUAAUAGCUGUGGAAACCAUAGAAAAGCCUAAUUCUGGUUUCUUAGACGACAAUUGUCUCCUCCUGGAAGUGAAAUGCAAACUGGUUCAAACAACAUUUGAAGACAAAAUGGUAGUCAACCUUGUCCCAGGGACAGACUUCACUAUGAGCUCUAAGUUCUCUCUGUUUGAUACUGAAUGGAGUAUCGUGAUGUAUCCAAGGGGAGAGAAUCCUCAAAAUUCAACACCGCAGAAGGAUCAUACUGCCAUUUAUCUGCGCAAUGAAAGCUCAAGUCUUUUACGAUUUGAUGUCACUUUUUCCAUUUACAUCCCGAAGGUCAAGGAAAUUAGAGUCACACACCAUUUCCAUGAAGCCAACCCCUCAAAAACGUUUGGAGUUGAGAAAUUUCUACGCACUCGAGAUCUCAGGUCCAUUGCCAAAGGUGGAACUGUUCCAGUUGGUGUGAAAAUCACCAGCGUUAUACCAUAUUUUUAUCUUGGUUUUGACACCAAAGAUUGGUCACCUCCAGAAAAUCUCAGAUCAUCACUUGCACUCAAGGAUAUCAAAAAGUGCCCAUUAUCUUUCAGGGCGGAUUCGCAAGAUCAGAAAAAGCUGGAUUUCAAGCUUCAGUUUGAUCCUGAGAGUCAGUUUUCAGAGAUGGGUGACAGUGCUUACUACAUGAAAGUUCUGUGGAGUGUGAUGGUGUUUUGCUACAAGGAUGGUAAUAAGAGUGAGACACUCAAUUCCUGGGAUAGCCCUGGCCACAGUGCUUUCUGCUUUAGCAAUGAAGAAAUUAUCCUUAACACACCGUUGUUGCUUAGUGAUACCAUAAGUCCCUACAGUCCAUUCCUUGAUGCAGAGAAACUACUGAGUGUGAAGCUGAUUAUUCAUAAUGCAAAUGAAGUUUAUGACCCUCUCAUGAUUGACUCUGAUAAGCAAAGCAUUGCGAAGCUGAGGGAGAUUAAUGCACAGACAAAGAGUUCUACUGAAAAAUACUGGAUUGAUCAACUUUCCUGUGUCUGUUCUGAAAAAGAUAAAAUCAUUGCUGAUCAAGAUGAGAUGAUUUCUGCCAGAGAAAAGGAACUAAGCGACAAAGAGUCUGCUAUUCACACCCUAGAGGAAGAGAUUGAAGACAAGGAAAACUACAUUUCCUCUGUAGAAGACAAUAUUGAUGGAUCUGGGGAAGGGAAGGGAUCAAUGAAACAUGUGAACCUCAAGGAACUCAUCCAGAAGACCCAUCCUGAUGCCGAAGAAUUGACAAAACAAAAACAAGUAGCUGAUCAACUGGAGAACUUUCUCAUGAAUAAUCUUCCAUUUAACAUCAGCCGGAUAUCAUUGGUCGGUAAUGCAGGUCAAGGAACAACCUCACACGGUGUCAAAGAAGUUGACCUUGCCAUAUUCAUUAAAGAUCUUCCACGUACUGAACACAAGAGCUGGUUACCCGCCAUCGUGUACACAACCAAGACCCUGUUGAAGCAAAACAGUCAACACGGUGGAGAAAACGAGGACGAACCAAAACUGCCUCCGUGUACAGACUUCCUCGAGACCUCGUCUGCUGUGGUGUUCAAGUGUGAUGAUGUGAACGUGGUGCUGAUUCCUACCAAUGACUGGGAACCGUUUGAUGGGUUCAAGGGAUUGUAUCAGAUGUGCUUGACUCAGGGAGAGGAAGCUCAACCAUAUUAUAUUCUUUGUGGUUGUGAGAGACAAACUGAGUUUAUCGCCAACCAACCAGAGAAGUGCAAAGAUUUGAUUCGAGCUGUUCGAGCCUGGUGUAAUUCUAUCCCAUGGAAAAACCCCGAGUCCAAGCCUGGCCAGUACCUGUUAUCUCUGCUCCUCGUAGCUGCUUAUCAAAUUGUUCAGAGUGGAUACAUCUCUCAAACUGUUGCUGGUGAUAAAGAGGUUUUCCUCGAGUUCGCUGAAAUGGUCAACGAUGUUAAUCUAGAGGUAUUUUGGAAUGAGUACUACGUGUCUUCCAGCUAUCCCAGAGAGUUGUUUUCAGUUCCUUUCAAGCUGCCUAUCGUCCAGGACCCCGCGAUUCCAACUCACAAUGUAGCUUCAACAGGGCUGGAGGACUGGAGCCAGUUCCGAAAGGAAGUGGUUAAGUGGGUAGAAAGAAUGUAAAAAGAACUCACGCUGACAUCGAAUUGGAAUUUAGCUGGUUAGGUUUUGCAGAGGUAUAAAAGCGGGAGAACCUGGACAAAAACCCCUUGAAUAAAGAGAUGGGCCUGCAAUCAAGGAAGACAGCGGUGGACCACAAAUUUUCCAGAAAGUCACGUGGUUGCUAGUGAAAAAAUGGCUAAAGCUAAAUUAUACUCUACGUUAUGAAAAUAUUUAGUGCUGCAAGUUUUUUUAAAAAUUAAAACUAUCUUUUCUCAAUAGAAAGUCAAAAAUUUGCACUUUUUAUCGAUUUAGGGUAUUUUCCAUCGUAAUUUUCAAGCGUAAUAUCUUCAACUGUAGUAUAAUAGUGAUAAAUUAUGCAUUCGGUGUGAGUAAUGAAAGAGAGAAUAAGAGAAAAAUAUCAAAUGCCCUUGGCGGGAAUUGAACCCACGUCUUCGGUCUUUGUUCGAUUCCCGCCAAGGCAUUUGAUAUUUUUCUCUUAUUCUCUUCAACUGUAGACGAAAAAUUUAAGAAAAUAUGAAUGAAUUUGUCAUUUAUAAUCACGUUAGCUUUUAGGUAGGUAGUUUUAUUACGAUCCAUAAGAAAGUUUUAUAAUCAUUCUUGUAGUUUGUAUCAUAUGAAUUAAGCAGCUAUUGCAACACCUGAUUCCAAAGUUAUUAUAAUGUAAUGUAGUUAUUUAUUGGUAUAUUAUUUCAUUUAUUUAUUUAUUUAAUAUUUGAUAUUCGACGUUUCUCUGGAAACGACUGCAUGCACUUACAUCUAAGGCUCGACUCGCAAAAUCGCAAAAAAAUGUGUUCAGAUAAAGUCAACAUAAAAAAGGUCGCUUGUAUGUCUUCCUGCCGGCUGAAUACAGACCUUUAACACGUCGUUCUUGCUAGGUACCGCAAACUUCAAACUGCAGUUCGACGUCCGCCCUUUUCCGUCAAAGUUUCGAUAUUUAGCAAGGCGUCACAAGGAAAUUGUUGCUGGAAGAGUGUUUCUCCGUGUUUGCGGGGAUGUUUCUGCGCCUGAUUCCCACCUGAUGCUAAAGGUCUCUAAUAUCGAAUCUGUAGAGCACUGGAGUAGAGAGAAACAUUCUGCUAUGCCUCGUGUUGCUAAGCUUGCUUAUCUUUUUAUAACAUCAGUAUUCUACAGUCUUUCAGUUACAGAGAGAUUUUUUAUGUUGCUAGGAAAGUAUUGCUAGAAAAACAUUUAUAUUGUAAUCAUGUAAAUAUAGAAGAGAUGAGACGUUUCCCGGAAUGUACCUGUAAUAAAUGAAUAAAUCGUAAAUGUUGACA